AUACUAUGCAAGCUUCACUUUUCAGACCCGAGGUUGUUGCCUGGUUAUAGCUGAAGUAAUCUCUAUAAACAGGUUCUGCAUUCGCGUGUAGAAUCUGGAGGCAACGGGACAAGAUUUUGGCAUCGGAAGUGUUCUGGUUUCCCGUUUGUCGUCUGUGUAGUAUUGACCGAUCUCGUUCGAGCAGGCUUUGGUUGAAUACAAGUUAACCGUCCACGUGGAGCGCAGAAGAGGCUGAACGCAUUGGCCGAAAUGCAGUCUGGGAACGCACCGGCUUUUGUCUGACGAUAAUUUAGCUUUUUAUUGGUUUGGAAUUAACUUGGCCGCUUGUGGAACAAUCGACUUCAGUCUCGCACCUCAAGUUGCUAAUCAGACUGUAAACGAGCUAGAAAAUAAGUCUUUCCCCGGACAUCUGCGGUCGACACCAGAACCCCAGAAAUAUAGCCCCUUGCCUCCGAGAUUCAUCCGUCGUCAGACCGACAGCCGAUGGGUUCAGAGAUUGUAGCUUAAGUAGCUCUGUAAUUUUGCAGGUGUACCCAGAACUUUACAGAUGAACUGAACCCAUACGAAGUCGUCAUAAUAUUACUGUAUAUGUUCAAAUAUUAGGCUUCAGAUACACUCAACUGCUGAAGCGUUAACAUUCAUCACACUUCUUGUUUUUAGUAAAGGUUUAGAAGGAAAGCAAGACAACUUGUGACCGGGGACGUUCCUUGGAAAAAAGUGGAAGUCGUAUAUUGCUUUGUCAACCCUUCUGUGAUAGAUGAGCAAUGUUGGUGUCUCUGCUAGUUGCUAAACACACUCUUGAUGUCCACUGUACUUUGGAAAGGUGAUGAAGGGUCAGAAGAAAAGAGCACAAACACGGGCAGGGGAGCUGGUAUCAGUGAAGCGUUUCUGUAACGAGGAGAAUGACGACAAGGACAAGGAAGUGUGUGUUUGUCUAAUUGUUUACAAAAACAAGAGUGUGCUCAUGUCAAUGGACAGAAGCGAUAAGAAUCCGUUUAACUGUCUGAGCAAAAUGCAAGAAAAACAAUCGCACCCAUGUAUUUGUUGUCUCUGCUUUAACUUAAUGACGGCUCACAUCCUGUGGCCCGAGUCCUGCUGCUGCUUUGAAGUGCUGUGUUUCCUCAUGGCUGAUGGGAUGAUGUAAGAUCAUCUGAUCGGUGACUCAGAUAGUCAGAGUGGCCAACGGUGCAUCUGUUUCCUGUGGUAUUAAUACAUUUGUCUUAUUCUGGUAAAUGAUGUAAUGCAUCAGAGAAACGAGCUAUCAUAAACGCCACUCAUAAAGCUGAAAAUAAUUCCCUCGGAGCACAAUUUCAAUUGUGUUUCCAUAUAUGUUCCUAAAAAGUCAUCUUUAUUUUCUAUGAAUAUGUAGCUGAUCUGCAUCUCAUUAUCACGUGCCGCCCUUUGUGUCAGCGGGAGAGCAAACUGUUAUUUGACCGCAGCUAAAGAGGCUAAAACGAACAAAUGUGUAGAAUAGACGAUGCAAAAAUGUUGAUUUAGGAUUUGAAUGUCAACGUCAUGAAUGGAGCUUUAGUGUUAACAUGUGUUCCCCCCCCCCCCCCCCCCUCCUCAGGGUUCCUUGGUUCCAGAUGAGGGAGCAGCACUUCAGCUCCGGCAUCAACAAGCGAUCACUGGACUCCAUCGAGAGGGCGGCCUUCUUCGUGACACUGGACGACGAGGAGCAAGGCAUGAGGGGGGAGGACCCGGCGGGGAACUUGGACCGCUACGCCAAGUCCCUGCUGCACGGGAAAUGUUACGAUAGGUGGUUUGAUAAAUCCUUCUCCAUUGUGAUCUACAAGAACGGGAAGAGUGGACUGAAUGCAGAGCACUCCUGGGCGGACGCACCGACAGUGGCUCACCUUUGGGAGUACACCCUGGCCACAGACGCCUUCCAGCUGGGCUACACUGAGGACGGGCACUGUAAAGGCGACGUGGACCGCUCGCUACCGUCUCCCCAGAGGCUCGCCUGGGACAUCCCCUCAGAGGUUCAGGCUCAGGUGUGCAGCUCCCUGGCUGUUGCCCAGGCGCUGGCGGAUGACGUGGACUGCCACGUCUUUCCCUUCAGAGAGUUCGGAAAAGGACGCAUCAAGAAGCUACGCGUCAGCCCCGACGCAUUCAUACAGAUCGGCUUACAGCUGGCGUACUUCAGGGACCGUGGUGGUUUCUGUCUGACCUACGAGGCGUCGAUGACUCGUCUGUUCAGGGAGGGCCGGACGGAGACUGUGCGAUCCUGCUCCAACGAGGCCAGUGCCUUCGUCGAAGCUCUGGAGAAUGGAGAGACCGAGGACCAAUGCAAGCGUCUCUUCCGACUGGCCUCAGAGGGGCACCAGAACCUUUAUCGACUGGCCAUGACGGGAGCCGGAAUCGACCGACACCUCUUCUGUCUGUACGUGGUGUCCAAAUACUUGGGAGUAGAGUCACCCUUCCUCAAAGAGGUUUUGUCGGAGCCUUGGCGCCUCUCCACCAGUCAGACCCCGGUUCAGCAGAUGGAGCUGUUCGACCUGAAGAACCACCCCGACUUCAUAUCGCUGGGCGGCGGCUUCGGACCUGUCGCUGAUGAUGGUUACGGGGUUUCUUACAUCAUCAUGGGCGAGGACAUGAUCAGCUUCCACGUGUCGUCCAAAUACUCCUGCAGCGAGACUGACUCCCACAGGUUUGGAGCUCAGAUAAGUAAAGCUCUCCAAGACAUCAUGACUCUCCUCUCUACUGACCCCAAAACCUCGUCGUCGUCCUCCAAAGGCACGGCCCAGCCUCAGUCCAAGAAGCUCUUCUGAAUGUGGAGCAGAGCAGCUCCCCCCCACGUGGACUAAAUGUUCCCCCUCAAGACGUCCGAGCUGAGCCGAGAAACCACUAAGAACCCAAUAUCUAGAUUCUGUAAUUUUUAAAGCACCGCCCGUUCUGUGAUUGACCUAAAGGCGUUACUUCAACUGACAAAAAGGGAAUUUAACGAGGAGAUCUCGGUCUAGUUAGAGAGUGGCGGGUGCUCUUCGUCAACACCUUUUUAUUUAAGCCGCAACUCUGACGUGGCCGUUAGGCUCCAAUCAAGCAGAGAAAAAACGAGGCACGCUGAAGACGCAAGGAGCCCCUUUAUGACGGGGGAUCUGUGGCACAAUGUUAUGAUUUGCAUUCUUCCAUUUAAAAACGAUUUGAAAGCCUUUUCUGUGUGAACGGGCACUAACGGUGAGAGUCUGUUAGAGAAGGUUAAAGCUAGACAGCGUGAGAUUACAAAAUUCUUCAAGUCCCUGCUCUCUGAGAACAUGAAACCAGUGAUGGUUGAUCGGUAUUUUUAACUCUCUUUUUUUUUAAGAAAAGGGGAGCCAGGCUCAUCACAGAGGAAGGAAGUUAUUAUGACGGCAAUAAAAAACGGAGAAAGGGAGACAGAUCUCCCUGACAAAUGCAACAAAUCUCAAUAGAAGUGAUGGCCGACGUCUCUUCAGCUCGUCGGCGAGAAGCGAUUCUGUGCGGCUCGACACACUGACACUUUGAUGUCCGCUGUCAGAUUUAGAAAAGCUUGAAGGGGGAAAAGGAGGUGAAACGAGGAUAAGAUCAAUCUCAAUGAAGGGAACGAGUCACUUGCAGAUCUCCAACCAGAAGAGACACUUUUUUCUUUUUUUAAAUUGUCAUUUAAUUCUAGACGUUCACAAGCUAGAAAGAGUCCUCGUCUAAUCAGUUCCAGGGCUGCUUCUACCCAUCACCUGACCUCAUGUACCACGGCCUGAAUCAACAGUUUCUUUACAAACAGGUAGCAGUACAAUGCAUCCUAAAGGAUACUGUGUCUUUCAUACAACACAUGCUAUUUACUGUGUUGAAUAUUUCCUCCAAAGUAGUACGCCAAAUCAGUGUUGUGAUCAAAAGGAACUAUCAAUACUACAAUGUAAAAAACACUCCACCCCAAGUAAAAGUCCUGCAUUAAAUAAAAAUACUAUUAGCACAUGUACUUAAAAGUAUUCAUUAUGCAGCUGAACUUUAACUUCUUGUAUAUUGUAAUAAAUGAUUAAUCAACAUGUAAGCGGGCUUUAAAGUUGUCGCUCGUUAAAAGUAAGCAGUGACUCUGUCUCUCAGAUCAUUGCUGUCCAGGAAAAAGUAGAAUAUUUUCCUCUGAAAUGUAGUUGAGCAGAAGAUACUCAAGUAAAGUGCCAAGUACCCCAAACCUGUACCUUUUUACAUGUGUACACAUGCAAAAAGCUGCGUGCCAGCCGGAAGGCUGCCAGCUCUAAUGUUAUCUGAGCAGCAGUGCUGCGUUCACCCGGGAGCCGGGGGGCAAAAAGACUCCUCAGCAUUACAUCACGUUUAAUCUAUUCUUAAAUUCCAUUGCUUUCAAUUCAGAUUAUCUGAUGACACUUGUUUUCCAUAUUUAGCAACCGCAUGAAAGCGGUAGUUUGGUGACUCAGGCCGUAUCUUGAGAUCAGGUGGUGACUCUGACCCCGAUAUUAUUCCAUUUAUGACCAACGUCUUGAGAGGAUGGAAGGAAUGAAGGAAAGGAAAGGGAGAAAAAUAAAUGCAAAUGACUCUUUCAUAAUUGUUUUUACGUUUUGUUUUUUUUAACUUUGUAUUGUCCGUUCAGUAGAUUGAUGUUUUAGGUUGAAUGUUUUGGAUAACUACGGACAUGCUUCAGCUCAACAGACACGGCUGCUGCUGUUGAAUGAAACGCACCUGAAGGUGGUCAGAGGCCUACGCAGAGCUGCUGCUGCGUGUUAUACAGUUUUUAUUAUUAUUGAUGAUGUGGAAUCCUUGUUCAAACAUUCUUCUUUCUUCAUCGAAUGUCACACCAGGAGUGCCCACCCCAAAAAAAAAAAUCGAAUUUGUCGUUGAGCAAUGGAUAAUCCCAAUAUAAAUCAUAUACAUUAUAAUAACAAAGUCAAAUCUACAGUUGAUACUCGCAGUAGUGGUGGGGCGGGUUUGUGAAAGAUAAGAUACUCAGAAGGCAUUAUAGGAAACACGUGUGCCUGAAAUAAAGUAUUCAUUCAGUAAAACAAUUUCAAUGCAAUUUAUUUUUCUUUUUUGAUCAAUGCUAACAUGUGUAACGUGUAUUAACCCGUCUUGUUUGUUUGUGUGUGUGUGUGUGUGUGUGUGUACAAGUACUUCAGGCAGGCGCCUUGUUAUCGUCAGUUACUGGUGUGUCUCAUGUGCGCCGGUGAAACAACGGAUCUAUUUAACGCUCUUACAGUUCUCAAACUUUACGUGAGCUAAUGGGAAACAUUAGAGAUGACGUCAGAAAGAUUGUCUCACAUCUCCGCUCGUGUUUUUCUAACUAUACCAUAACUUUAUGUCUUUUUUUUUUUUAGAGAUUGUUUGCUUCAUAUUUUAGUGACGUCAGACCACGGUGGCUUCCGUUUCGGCUCGGCGGUUAGCGGCUCAUUUCCCAAACUGUUGAAGCCGUUUGUUCCCUCUGAUCCUCGCGGCUCCGGCCUCACGUUAGUAAAAGACGAGUGAAGACCAUUUCUACAGCUGCAGCAAUGUACUGUAACAACCUCUCUACCUCUCGACGCUUUUUUUAUUUAUUUUAUUUUUUUUACAGUUUUUAGUUUUCUUUUCUCAUAUUUUUUUUUACAUUAUUAAUUUGUAAUUUUACCACAACCGUUUAUUACCCCGGUAAUCGCAUCGACUUGGAUCUAAACCAGUUUGUCACGUUUUAUUGUGAUCAGUAUAUUUGGUUCAUUAAGUUCACAGUUUGGGAGCUUCAGUUAAAUACGACAGAUGUGAUACAGAUUAAUUCUCAUUACUGUCAAUUUCUCUUCACUUCACGCCUCAGCCUGCCAGAAAACCACAAAGCCUGUUCACCUAUUCUGUGCCUCAGUCCACUCCAAUGUGCCGCAUAUAUUAUUAUCAUCAUCAAGUAAUAUCUGAUGGAAUCAGGCGUUCAACAGUUUGCACAAUGAGCCUCUCGCAGAUAAAGCAGCGACGGUUUAGCAGCAGUUUUAUAGUUUUCUUUGUUCGGAGUAAAUGAACAUUGGCACCGACUGAUUUGUUUUUGGGAGAUUUGUUUAUUGUUUAUUUCUGUGUAAUGUUACUGCUGGGUUUUUUCAGUCUUGGUUAAUAGUGAUGCUUGAACAUUUUUAAUGAAGUGGUGGGUAUCAUGCAUCAUGUGUUUUUAAUGAAUAUACUCCAAAUGUUUUUAUUCUGCUGUGUUUUCGGUCAACGGUUCUCGCGCUGCAACUUAUUUAAAUGUAGAUUGUGGACUUUGUGAUGGAGGCCAUGUACAGUUGGUGAUGGUUAUGUGAAAUAAAAAUACUUACUGACCCCA